UGAAACCAGUUGUUAAGUGAUGCCCAACCAGAAUGCAGCCUAGCAAGACUUUGGACGUAACGUUCCCUCUGGUAUCCAAAGAGACUCAGCUUUCGUUUAAUGGUCUAACGUAUUCCGCAUCUCGAGUGAAGCCGAUUUUGGACAAUAUCUCGGGAACGUUUCGUUCUGGGAGGCUUACGGCCAUCAUCGGACCAUCCGGUGCUGGGAAAUCAAGCUUGUUGAAUGCUUUGAGCGGAUUAAGAGCAAAAGGUGUUCACGGAACAAUCUUGAUCAACAAUGAGAUUCAGGAUCAGCAGCAAUAUCGCAGACUGGUGACCUACAACACACAAGAAGUCGCAUUGCUUCCGAAUCUUACCGUUCGAGAAACCCUGGAAUAUGCCGUCGAUCUACGCACUCGAUCAUCUUCAACGAAGAAGCAGAAGAUCGUUCAGGAUAUCAUCUCCGUUCUCGCACUCCAGAAAUGCAUCAACACCCAAGCUCGACUGCUUUCCGGUGGUGAGCGGAAGCGACUCUCGAUCGGACAGGACUUGAUAUCGAACCCGAAGAUCAUGCUGUUUGAUGAACCUACCAGCGGGCUGGACAGCGAAUCUUCGUAUCAGAUGGUUUCGUACUUGAAGGAGUUGACGAAGCAAGAUCGUUGCGUGAUCAGUGUGAUUCAUCAGCCAAGCUCGGAUCUGCUGGAGUUGUUUGACGAUCUGUACGUUCUGUCCGAUGGAAAGUGCAUGUACAGUGGUAGUCUGCACGAUUUGAUCCCAUGGUUUGAGUCCGUGGGACUCAUCUGUCCGCAGUAUUACAAUCGAGCGGACUUUGUCGUCAAACUAGCUUCAACGAGAAACCCAGACAAGAGUAAGAUAUACCAACUAAUGUACCAAAUGGAAUCCGUGAACAAGGAUAAACCACUAGCACUGUUGCCAAGCGAGCAAAACCGUCCCAAAGGUAGACAGUAUCCCACGUCAGCGUUCAACCAAUUAAUCACCCUAACACGACGCACCACGCUGGGAACCGUUCGGAACUUUUCCCUGUCCGUGCUACGAUUCAUUGGCCUUAUAAUCUUCAGCCUGUUCAUGGGAUUAAUCUACCGCGAUAUCGGAAAAGACGCAUCCAACAUCAUCUCCAACACCGCCUUCAUCAACCUCAGUCUGGCCAACGUAGUUUUCGUCAAUUCCGUCGCCGUAAUCCUGAGCUUCCCAACCGAAGCGUCGGUCUUCCUGCGCGAGUACCGUGCCAACUGCUACUCGGUCGCGGCCUACUACUGCUCCAAACUUUUCGCCGACUUUAUCCCCAUGAUGGCGGGCAACUGUUGCUUCUUCGCGAUUGGUUACUUCCUAACCGGUCAACCGGCGGAACUGGAACGCGCCGUUGGCUACGGGCUCGUGGUCCUGCUGAUGGGGUGGUUCGCACAGAUCUACGGAAUCUGCAGUGGGUGUGUGUUUUCGAUUGAAAUUGGAACGUUUUUGAUGCCGAGUUCGCUGCUGCCGAUGUUGCUCUUUGGAGGGUUCUUCAUCCGGUUUGAUGAGUUGAGUGUGGCGCUUAAGCCGCUGGUGUACACUUCUCCGUUUGGGUAUGCUUUUAAGGCGAUCGGACAGGCCCUGUACGGAAACAAUCGGACAGAUGUUGGGUGCAGUGAGGGGGUGAAUGUUUUUAUACGAGUGGGGAAGAUAUUUUGAAAAUGUUAGAUAUGGAAAAUGUCGAUUAUUGGAGUGAGGUAUCGGGAUUGGGUAUCAUCCCAAGUAGCACUCACAACUUGUCGACUGUUGAAUAAUAGUUAGACAGCUGUUUUGGAUGAACAUACGAGAAAAAAUGUCAACGUUAGUUACAUAUCAGUUUGUUUCACUACUUGUAUAACUGACUUAUGUAACUCAUGAGAUGUGUGCUAUACAAGUGUUAAAACACAGUCAACUUCACUCUUGUCCAACUUUUACACACAACAUAGGCAAUAUGUACUCGCUCCUAACUCCAUCCAAUUUGCUGAUUUUCACUAUUAAAACAAUUUAUUUUGGAACACUUUUGAUAAAAACUUACUUGCUCACUUCCUAUUGAGCUAUUUAUCACUUUAUUUCACUCGAAAACACUUUUUAUGAGCUGUAAUUGAACGUCAAAAUGCUGAUAUGCCAAGAUGCUGUUUCCUCAUCUGCAAUGUUUUACUCGAAAACAGUUUGUUGAAUAAAAACAAUAUUGCACUGUUUGUUUCACUGCUUAUCUAACAUUGUCUUGUGACGGCAUCUUCUAAAAAAUGGGCGUGGCCAACCAUUCUUUAAAUAACCUUAGGUUUUCUCGCUUUGUGACACAAAUGUUAUCGGAGAAUAGAUUAUAUAACUGAUGCUCAACAUACAUAUUCAACUUGACAAUGCGUGUUGUUAGGUGGUGUAAAUUUGUACAUGAGGAAUUUAGAGUUUCAAAAAUGUUUAUGUAUUGAAGAUGGCAAUAGUUUUGAUUGUUGACCGAUUCAUUUGUGAACAUAUCGCUGGUAAAAGCUACAAAAAUUAUCAGCUUAUAGAGUUUAUGAUAGAGAAAACAACAAAUCAAAAUCAUACCGAUUUUCAAUAUUACUCCGUGGUACGGUAAUCGAAAUGACAGUUGAAACGGUUUGUUAUAACAAAGUUAUAUAGUGGAGUUAUAAAAACUGAUUUGAAACAAACUUAUAUAACUUCAAUUCCAAUGACAGCCUUCGUUGGAGUUGAGUUUUUUAGCUAACAAAACAGACAGCAGCCUUCUUAUUGACGCUUGGGCCAGCUUGUUUACUAUGAAGCCCCGUGGAGAGAUGUGGAAGCGCGCCUGGACCUGCCGUGGAGAUAACAACAAAUCGUCGAAGUCAUCGGAUCCAAUCUUGGGACAGAGGAAGUUCAUCAAAAAAGGAAAAUUUAAAAGUUCUCCAUGCAGGGAAUUUCACACUAAUCACAUGCGCGCCAUGAUUGUUUUUCUUUUUUUUAAAUUCAAUUUCGAAUUAUUUUAAAAGAAUCUUGCAGAAACAAGCGUACUUUUUUAAUUAGCUUCGUCGUUGACUAAAAUUCUAAUAAGAAACGUUUGUUUACAUGUAAGUUAGUCGACGGUUAGAUAGCUGUUUUCAAUCUAACUUUCCUUUCCAGUGUGCGCUUUGAUUUGACAGCACAGCCGUAAACCACGCCCCUUUUUUUCGUUGAAUCUCUUGUUAGAUGGCACAGUGUUGUCAAAUACAUUUGUACAACUUACUCUGAUAACUUGCAUCUUUUUCUGGCAAGUUAUACAACAGAAAAAAGUGCGCUUUUUCCAGUUCACAGGAGUUGUAGAUCAAGUUGUGACAACGAGGCGGAUUGGUUAUACAACCAGUUAGGAAAUACGUUUAUCUGACAAAGUGUGCUG